AUGUCGACAGCAAUCGCCAGGCCGGUGACGCCCGAGACACGACGUCAGGAGGACGACAUUAUCUUUAGCACACCCACAACCGGCGCAGACCUGGAGCUGAGGAUGGUGCUCCUAAUCCAGCGCCACGACGCUGACCCGUGGGAACCCAGCACGCCUAAAUGCAGUGCAGACAUUGAACAGCAAAUUAUCGAACUCAAGAAGAGACGCGAUGGCUUUUUUGAUGACCUUUGUGUCAUCAUGAGAAAGGCUGGCAAGAGAAUGGACGACCAGCAGGCGCAGAUCAAAGAGCAACAACAAAUUCGAGACCGCCUCCUCGCCGAGUUGGCCGACCUGGAAGAUGAGAGUGAACAAACGGACCACGUUGAAGAAACUGAGCCCGUCCAGUCUCUUUCGGUGUAUGAGCGCAUACUUCUUCAUUGA